CAUCGAGGUCACAGUCCCUGCCUUUGCUGAUGGCGAGCUCAUCCCCAGGGAGCCCGGCUUCUUUCCUGAGGAGGAGGAGGAGGCCAUGACGCUGGCCCUGCCCGAGGGCCCCCAGGAAUCAGACACGGACAGCCCCAUGGAGAGCACCCAGAGCCUGGAAGGGUCUGUCGGGAGUGCCAUAGAGGAGAAAGACGGGGGUCUCGGGGGCCUGUUUCUGCCAGAGGACAAGUCUCUGGGCCACACCCAGUCCAUGACGACCUCAGACCUCUCCACACACUCCACCGCCUCACUCAUCAGCAAUGAGGAGCAGUUUGAAGACUACGGGGAGGGAGACGACGUGGACUGUGCCCCCAGCAGCCCCUGCCCGGAUGACGAGACCAGGACCAACGUCUACUCGGACCUGGGGUCUUCGGUGUCUUCCAGCGCGGGGCAGACACCUAGGAAGGUGCGGCAUGCGUACAACAGUGAACUGCUGGAUGUGUACUGUUCUCAGUGCUGCAAGAAAAUCAACCUGCUGAACGAUUUGGAAGCCCGGCUGAAAAACCUGAAGGCCAACAGCCCCAACCGGAAGAUCUCCAGCACGGCCUUUGGACGGCAGCUCAUGCACAGCAGCAACUUCAGCAGCAGCAACGGCAGCACCGAAGACCUGUUCCGGGACAGCAUUGACUCCUGUGACAACGACAUCACAGAGAAGGUAAGCUUCCUGGAGAAAAAGGUGACAGAGCUGGAGAAUGACAGCCUCACCAACGGGGACCUGAAGAGCAAGCUGAAGCAGGAGAACACGCAGCUUGUGCUCAGGGUGCACGAGCUGGAGGAGAUGGUGAAGGACCAGGAGACUACAGCCGAGCAGGCGCUGGAGGAGGAGGCGCGGCGGCACCGUGAGGCCUACAGCAAGCUGGAGAGGGAGAAGGCCACUGAGGCGGAGCUGCUUAGCGCCAGGGUACAGCAAUUAGAGGAAGAAAAUACAGAGCUCAGAACGACAGUGACUCGACUCAAGUCUCAAACAGAGAAACUGGACGAGGAGCGGCAGCGCAUGUCCGACCGGCUGGAAGACACCAGCCUGCGACUCAAGGACGAGAUGGACCUGUAUAAGCGCAUGAUGGAUAAGCUGCGGCAGAACCGCCUGGAGUUCCAGAAGGAGCGGGAGGCGACGCAGGAGCUCAUCGAGGACUUGCGCAAGGAGCUGGAACACCUGCAGAUGUACAAGCUGGACUGCGAGCGGCCAGGCAGGGGCCGUGGCACUGCCUCUGGCCUGGGCGAGUUCAAUGCCAGAGCCCGUGAGGUGGAGCUGGAGCACGAGGUCAAGCGGCUCAAGCAGGAGAAUUAUAAGCUGCGGGAUCAGAAUGAUGACCUGAAUGGACAGAUCUUGAGCCUCAGCCUCUACGAAGCUAAGAAUCUCUUCGCCACCCAGACCAAAGCCCAGUCUCUGGCCGCGGAAAUAGACACAGCUUCACGCGAUGAGCUGAUGGAAGCCCUGAAGGAGCAGGAGGAAAUCAACUUCCGGCUACGGCAGUACAUGGACAAGAUCAUCCUCGCCAUCCUGGACCACAACCCCUCCAUCCUCGAGAUCAAACACUAAGAUGUGGGGCUGCCUGCGGGGCAUCCUCAGGACCUAGGACCAAGGGGCAGACCCCGUCUGAGACGCAGGCCCUGGCCGGGCCUCACACUCACUCUGUAAAUGUUUUUCUGGCCACCAUGUGUUCUGUUUCCUGGUGUCUAUAUGGGGAGGCCAUGUGCACGAACGAAGGGUGAGUGUGGGGCUGCGGCUGCGCGUAACGUCUGCACAGUUAGCUGUCCGUGCACUUUGUGGCCUCUUUGCAAGGGGCGGAGCAUUCUGGAAGUGGGAAGGGGGUCAAGGUCUGCUGUCAGGAAUUACUGUAAUAACAAGAACUGGAAGCUUGUGUUUCAGGUACUGGUUAAAAUGAUUCUACCUCUGGGGAUAAGGAUGAACAUAAACUCUAGUGAGAUGGGCUCUCUCACCCCACCCCUGCUCUCCUGGGAGUGGGAGCAGAAUUGUAAUCUUUUCUAGGAGUUUGAAUGCCCCACAGUUGUGUCCUCGCCAGCUUUUGGCCACCUUUCAGAUUCAGAGAGGAGGAAGGGGCGUAUGGUGGCCUGCGGGGUGCGGGGGUGUCCUCACUGGGUGCUCUGGCCAGCAGCCCUCUGAACGUGUGUGCACAGUGCCCAGAGGACUCAGGUGUGCAGAGGGACUGGCACAGGGCCAUCUACACUCUAGAGUUCUCCAUACCCUCCCGCGUCCUGCUGACCUACCUCCCCCUUUCUGUCCUUGUUUUGAUUUUAAGACAACGAAGCAGCAUUCAUGUGGGUGUGACUUGAGGGAGAAAAGAGGGUUGGGGAUGGAGUGUCUAAGGCAGGUGUUGACAUUGGGCAACUAAAGAGAUAAUUUCCGGGAGGGGCACAGCUUCCGUCCCACGACUGCAUGUUAGAUGCGACUGCAUGUUAGAUGCGUGGAUGGGCCUGGGAGGGGCACAGCUCCCGUCCCAUGGCUGUGUCUUAGACACACAGAUGGGCCCAAAAGAGGCACAGCUCCCAUCCCAUGGCUGCAUCUUAUGGGCCUCUGUCUGGCUCACCAGACUUGCCUCUCUACGUGGCCUGGCCAUGGCAGACGUGGGUUUUGGAUUUCAGAAUCUGAGCUCUGAGCUCCAGUCAGGGGACAGCAAGGCCCCUCUGUUCCAGCUGUCAGAAACACACCCAUACUUGGUUCUCAGCCAGGGGAGACACGCAGUGCUGGCGGGAGGUGCCUGGGAGAGUGACAAGAACUUUUGUCUUCCGUCCUUUGGACACAUGGUGGGAAUUCACACUAUACGGGUUUUUAGUGGAAUCUUUUGUUUUAGGGAGCUGGGAGUAGCUAUGGUACUUGCCUUAGAGUUUUCCAGUUUAUCUCAAGUUUUUAUCGCUUGUGAUUCAUUUCCUUAACCCAAAUACAUAUAAACACGUAUGGUCUUAUUUUCUCCUGGCAGGUCCAUGUUUUCUUCACAUCUAGUGUGAGAAGGAAGGUUUGGGCAUGUUGGAGGGUGGUAUGGAGGGGAGUAGCAGAGAAGAAAGGGCAGUGAGGGGGAGCUGGGGACUUGAGUGUGACCCCUGCUUGACAGAGGCUGGGCUGUGGCCAGGAUCCGCUUUCAUUCCCUUCCCAUUGAUUUUGCUUUCGUUGGAUUU